AUGGUGUACGUCAUUCAGUCUGGUUUCACUUUCCUCUUCACUUUCCUUGGUCCCCUGAUGAUGGAAAUGGGUUGGGGAAACAACAAGAGACAAUGUCUCGUGAUCUCCUGGCGUGAUGAGCUCUUGAGCAUGUUUGCAUGGGUGAGUUCCAUCACUUGGGCACUCGGUAGGAGAACUACCGAAAGCAACCAGUGCUGGACUAGCUGGGGGAGCUUGCCUGGAACUAGCUCUGUUGAUGAUAGCUUCAAGUGUUCAAGCAUGAACUUCCAAGACGAGGGAGAGAGACAAGACGAGAUUCUCAUAUUUGGGCCAGUCGGAGAGACUCCAUUCCUCCUGGUCCUUGAGACGUCGUGA